AGCUAGCCAAUGCUCAUUUUCUCUAUAUAUAAGUGUACACAAACGAUCCAUUGAUCUCAUCAAACUCUUUCACACGCAUCAAAUUGCAUUAAUUCAUCAAAACUUACAAAAAAAAAUCCAAAAUGGGAGAAGGAAGAAGAAGCCGCAAGAAAUGCUUAGCAUACGUUGCAGCAUUCGUGGUAUUCCAAACCGCCAUCAUUUUGCUCUUCGCCCUCACAGUUAUGAAGAUCAGAAACCCUAAGGUGAGGUUCAACGCUAUGGACGUCGUCGAAACCUUCACCUUCAACAACGGCACUGCCACCUCCGUGAGCAUGAGGCUGCUCGCCCAACUCACCAUAAAAAACACCAACUUUGGGCAUUUCAAGUAUGACGAGAGCAGUCUCGUCAUACUGCACCGAGGGGUGCCACUCGGGGAGGCUGUGAUUCCCCGGGGGCGCACCAGGGCGAAGAAAACGCAGAAGGUGGAGGUCUCGGUGAACGUGAACACGACUAGGGCAUCGGGUAGCGAGCUGAGAAGUGAGAUAAAUUCUGGGGUUUUGAAGCUGAGCAGCCAAGCAACGUUGAAUGGGAAGGUGCAUUUGAUGAAGGUGAUCAAGAAGAAGAAAUCUGGUGAAAUGAAGUGUGAUUGGGAUGUCAAUUUGGGCACUAAGCAGGUGGAGAAUUUGAAGUGCAACUGAUUUUUUUUUUUUAGUUUGGAUCUCUUUGCUUGUGGGUGUGUAGUUUUUUUUGUUAGAUUUAUUUUCUAUUUUUGCUUCUGUAACUAUUGAGGAUUGAUUUUCUUAUUCAUUUCUUACGUUGAUUUA